AUGGGCUCCCUAACCGACCUCCCCCAAGCGGAAUCCCCAGACCUGAUCCUGACACACCCCACCCCGGACGAGAAACGGCAUACCUGGGAACGCAACUGGGCCGAGUGGGGCGGCGGCCUAAGCCUCGACGACUAUCUUAUCCGCGAACCGUACCUAACCACGAUUCCGUUGGCCGCCAAUGGAGGAAUGGCGCACUGGAUUCUCACCACCACUACCAGCAAUUCCUCAUCGGCUGAACAAGAUCGCCUAGUAUUUUCCAGCGUGGAGAGUCUGCGCAAACGGGCUUUGGUCACGGACCCAGAGACGGGUUUGGUGAGCGAGGAAGUCGCAUAUGGGAUUGGGAGUGUGUAUACGGCGGAGCAGUUUAGAGGGAAGAGGUAUGCGAGUAGGAUGUUGGGAAUUUUGGUGGAGCGAUUGAGGGAAGCUGGUGGCGUUGCGAACGAAGGAAACGAAAAUGGGGCGAGGGAGAAGGGCGCUGUGGCGAGUGCGCUGUGGAGUGAUAUUGGGAAACAGUUUUAUGGUAAGAAGGGGUGGUUAGCAUUUGCUAGUCGGCAUGUGACUUUCCCUUUCAGUUCUGAGUCUGUGUCUGUUGUAAAUGGCGGCAAAGAGAAGAAUGGGAACAAAGAGGCGAAGCCUAUCACGUACGAGAAUCUGGAGUCGUUCUGCAAAUUGGACGAGUUGGUGCUUAGGGCCAAAAUGGCAAGUGGUGGGAAGGGAAAGGCGAGGUUCGCGUUCAUUCCGGAUUACGACGCCAUGCGGUGGCAUCUAUACAGAGACGACAUCAUCGCACGACUCCGCCAAAUCAAAGACGAGGGACGUUCGAUGGUCAAAGGUGCAUACUCCGGGCCCGAGGGCAAAAGGGUAUGGGCUACUUGGUCGAGGAGCUAUAAUAAAGACGCACAAGACUCGAAGAACAAUACAUUGUGUAUCCUGCGGCUCGGCGUCGAAGAUGAGUCGGUGCCCGUGGAUGAACUGGCCAGGUCAUUUCGAGAGGUCAUGGAAGUGGCGGAGGAGGAGGCCAGGUAUUGGAAUUUGGGCAAGAUUGAGUUGUGGAAUCCCAACGGGGUGGUGAAAGAUGUGGUGGAUAAGUGUGGACUAGACCACGAGUGGGUGGAUAGGGACACGGAUAGUAUUCCUAGCUUGAAGUGGUAUGGUAAGGGGCGUACGGAGGACGUGGAGUGGGUUGCUAAUGAGAAGUACUGCUGGUGCUGA